GGGAUAACGGUAUUAAUGCGCGAUUUGCGAAAGAUUAUCAUCGUUUGUGGAUUUUAAUGCUAUUCUUAUUCAUAUUCCUCAUUAUUUCAACAUCUGAAUUAUAAAUUGACGAUAUAAACUAACAAAACAGGAUAUCUAAGGAGUGAACAGUGCUUAUGCACACGGACUAUUUUCUUCCGCGGAAAUCAUGUAAUUAACAAGUGCCCGUCGUCCAUGUUGUUCUUCGACACCAAUCGGAUUCUUGAGUGGAUUCUAAAAACGAACGGAUUUGUGUAUUCCCUCCGCGUUCAUAACCACGACCCCCUUCCAAACACCUGAGGGGAUGACACCAUGUAGAAGGAAGUGUUUUUCGUUUUAUUUCAAUGGGCUGUAAUGUGAGUAAGACGGUGCCUGAUGACCCGACGGCAACUCGGGUCGUUGUCCAGGUUUUUGAGCAAAAUGAGCGAAAUAAGGAAAACAGUCGCCAGAAUCCACAUCAAAAACACUCUCAUGCCCGUAACAACAAGGACCAACCGAGGGACCCCCGGGCCUCGGGGCCUCCGGCUGACGGGCAGAGGUCGAACCGAAAGGUGAAAAAAUACAGAGAUAAAUUUGAUCCCAGAGUGACAGCUAAAUAUGACAUCAAAGCAUUAAUAGGAAGGGGGAACUUCUCUAAAGUGGUCAGGGUGGAACAUAGGGUUACAAGACAACCCUAUGCCAUCAAAAUGAUUGACCGGGUACAGGGCAAAGAAGUUUUCGAAGCAGAGGUCGCUGUCCUACGCCGAGUUAAACAUUCGCAUAUAAUACAACUUAUAGAAGUGUUCGAGACGAAAGAUAAAGUGUACAUGGUUAUGGAACUUGCGACAGGUGGUGAACUUUUUGACAGAAUCAUAGCAAAAGGGUCAUUUACGGAAAGGGAUGCUACUCAUGUGCUGAACAUGGUUUUGGAUGGUGUGAAAUACCUGCAUGGUUUAGGUAUAACACAUCGAGAUCUGAAACCAGAAAACUUGUUGUACUAUCAUCCGGGUCAUGAUUCUAAGAUCAUGAUCACAGACUUCGGAUUAAGUGCUACGAAAAAAGGUUCAGAUAAUUUUAUGAGAACUACAUGUGGUACUCCAGAAUAUAUAGCCCCAGAAAUCAUAGCCCGAAAACCCUACACCAGCCAGGUUGACAUGUGGGCAGUGGGGGUCAUUACCUAUAUCCUGCUCAGUGGAACUAUGCCUUUCGAUGAUGAAAACAAAACACGUCUUUAUCGACUAAUCCUGAAGGCAAAAUACAGCUAUGCUGGAGAGCACUGGAAGGAUGUGUCAACUGCUGCUAAGGACUUCAUUGACAAACUACUGAUUGUGGACCCGAAUGUGCGAAUCGGGGCCAACCAGUCUAUAAAUCACACAUGGUUGGUGACCAAUGCGGCCAGCUCCAGCAACAAGAACCUUCAUCGUACAAUAAGUCAGAACCUCAUACACCGACAAUCCAUCCGUGCCAACAGUACGAAAAGUGCCAAAUCCACACGGUCAACUAAAAGCAAUAAGUCCAACCGAUCUGGCCGCUCGUUACGGUCGGAGCACAGACGUGUUCAGCCGGAGGAAAUUGACGAGCUUCAUCGUGACCCAGAUGUACAGGCGGACCUGGCGUCACUGGGUUGAGGUGCCCUCCUGGUCUAUAUACUGGUAUCUACAUUUGUUUGUUCCACAACAUCGAACCUACUGCCAUGUCACAACGACAACCUCUAAAAAGGAGAGUUCUCGCUCAAUCUUUAACUUUCGUCCUGUCCUUAUAUAUGGGAUGCAAAGAAUUUGCGAGGCCAAUGCAAAUAAGUGAGAGUUGACUUUUUCAGGAGCCACCAUUUGUUCAGAGUGUUUCAUGCCUGAUAGACUUAAUCUCGGGGAACUAUACACAUAUGUUACGUUGCUGGAGUCACACGAACAAUAAGGAUGUGUCUUCUUUCAUGGAAGGGUAUAGACAGUCGACCACCACCCCCUCACGCCACGCGUCAUACAUCUCCCUCAAUCUCGUUAAUACACGGUCACCCUAAGACGAUGUCCCAACCAGUCCGGAUACACAAAUCCUGUAUUUGGAUGUCUCCCAUAUCUGGACUUCAUCAAUAGAUACUGUUAGUGUUGUGUUGUCAACCAAGGGAACAUCUGUAAACCGCACUAUUCCAUCAUGUCUGUUAAUCCCAAUUUCAAGUGCGGUUCAAUUCCAUCAAACCUAUAAACUCCCCAUGUGAAAGCUGUUCCAUCAUAUCUGCAUCCCCCUUACACCGGCUAUUACAUCAUAUUUGCAUACCUACACAACCUUAAAAUUGCUUGAGCUGUUCCAAUACAUCUGCAGCCUCCCUUGCAUAAAACCAUCAUCAAUGCAAUAGAGACAUGGAAAGGACACCCUGUGGAGAAGCCAAAUGAAACUGAGGAAAUAUAUAGAUAUUUGACAGACUUUAUCUAUGAUUGCAUGGAUUAAAUAUGGAUAUAGGUGGACAUACAAUGUAUAAACUUUCGCAAUAUUAUGUUUUGUGAUUAGUUUUCUUCUUAACCAUGUUCCUUUCUUUUGUUAUUUGUAGCUGUGAUAAUUGUCUACAAAAUGUUCUCCCUGUUGCAAGUUUAGUUUUAUCAAAAGUGCUUUAUGUUCAUGACUGUUCCGGUGUGUUAAUCUGUUUCUCUAGUUUGUACAGGAUGGUUAUUUUUUAUCCUGAUAUUUCUUCACCAAGUUUUGAUAAUCACAUCUGCCUAAUUUGUAUGCAUUUAAAACCCAAUUAUUCACGACCUUAACCUAUUUAUACUCUUUUUCUCAUUUAAGGGUCAUAUUUAAUCUGCAAAAGAAACCAUAAGGUCAUGAUCACAUCACUGUAAAGCUAGAUGUUUGAGAUUAUCUUAAUAGUAAUUGGUAAUUAAUGUGCAAGUUGCAGUUUGUUCUGUGUUAACCAGAAUUUGAUUGAAUAAUAUCUUGAAUGUCUUCAUGUAUUUGUAGACAAACCUAAGCAAAUAUUUGUGAUCAUACAAAAAUCAACAUCAAUUGUAGUUGUUUUAUUGAAACUGAUCUGUCAUGUGAUCAAUUAUUUUGAAGGUCACCUUAAGCUUGAAGGUUAAAAAUGUCCCUUCCUGUGAGUGAAUAAUAUGUUAAAGGUUAUGUUGCUGAAGGUCCCACCUGGAGAGGUUGCUAUGGCGAUGGAUUUGUUUGUGCCAAAUGUUUGUUGGUUACAGUGUAUUAUACCUGUGUUAAUCUAGUCAGUGUUGUUAUGAUCAGCUGGACAGCCUACAAAACAAUACCAUUGUGCUUUGAAGGGUAUAUUAUUUAUUAUCAGGCUGUGUGCUGCGGAGUUGAAGUACAUAUAUCGGCCCAGCCAAGGUGGACUGUGAUCAAUUAUUGCGUGAGGAUUAAAAAGAUGCUACUUUUGUGUAUUUUAAACAUGUGAUACAUGUUUCAUAAUGUUUUUAGAGAAGAGGUUGUUUAUUUGAAACUGCCAAUGAUAUUUAGUGUUUUUCACAAUAGAAUUAUUCAGAUAAAAAUAUCGAAAAGAAUAGUUUGGAAAUCUUUGGAACCAACAAAUAAGUUCAGUUAUUUAUUGUACUUUGGUUUCCGUAUCGACGGCUCUGGCGAAAUUGAUUAUAGAAGAAUAGAUCUGUCUUUUGUCAGUUACAACUCCACACUGAAGGUCUUUAUUUAUUUAUACCUUCGUACCACCAACCUUUAGUCCAGUGGCCUCAUCAUGAUCAGUGUACAAGGGCUGUGAAGGUCUCUAUUUAUAUUAUACCUUUGUACCACCAACCUUUAGUCCAGUGGCCUCAUCAUGAUCAGUGUACAAGGGCUGUAAUAUUUGUUUUUAACUUUUGAUCCAUCAACUUGUGCAAAUGUUUAGAGAUGUUUCUGCCUGUGUGGAUUUCUAUGUUUUGUUAUACAUCAAAUCUGUCCAUGCUGACAAUAGUGCUUUCUGUUAUACUUUUGUAGUUGCCUUAUGUCACGUUUAAUGUCGCUUUUAUAUUUUUUAUGUUAUUGCAUAGAUAGUUUUUUGGUUUAUAAUAAAAUUAUCAUAAGAAAUUGAUUGUGAUCGGAAAGUAUUAUAAAACUGAAAAGGUAAAAAAAUGAAUUGUUUGUGGUUAAGGCUGGGUUAAAACCUGAUAAUGUAUUUUCAACGGAGUAUGCAUGUUUUUUUUUUAAUUAUUAGCAGUCAAAUGUAUGUGAUGUCCCCAGGGAAUUUAGCAGUGAAUAUCAGUAGUGUCCCUUUAGUGUUUAGAGUUGGAGUAUCCAUGGUUUCUCCAAUGUCUGUAUGUACCAGUCCAGUAUCAUUUCCAUCCUUUGUCAGGGGUCAAUCAAUUGCAUCUCCAGAGUCCUUAGCACUUUAGUAUGGGGGAUCAUUACGGGAGCUUACAAGCAUUCGAGUAUCAGGGUUUCCAUGACUUAGUAUACCGUCCAUUACUUACAUCAUACUCAUAUAUGUUAUAACCGUUACAGUGUAAUAAUUGUUAUAGGACCUGUCGGUUGAUUCAGGCAUAUUGACAGCUGGCGAUCUCUGCCCGGUCACGAUCAUAGCUUACAUCACGGUUGCCAUAUAGCGAGUAUGCUGUCAGGUGUUACAGCAUACAGUUGGUACACAGGUGUACAGUAUAUUUAUGUAUAUUGUGUACAAUAUAGUGAACUCUAAUUAUGUCCCCUUGUGUACAGUCAUUAAGAUUGAAUUUAUGUACAUAUUGCUGUAAUUAAUGUUGUUCACAAGGUUAAAAAUUUGUCCAAGAGGUUAAAGAUUGUUGACCCUAGGACUGGGCUAUUUAGGUAAAUAUAAUAACAGAUUAGUGUGUCUAAUGGCCAAAUGAGUACAUUGUAUAUGUAUGUUUCAGAUAUUUUUUUAGAAUCGUAGAUUUUUUCCCCAAUUAACUCUAAUCAAUGAAAUACAAAGGACAUACUAGAGAGUUUGAAGGGGGAAAAUGUGUCCUUCUUCCAAAUGUUUGAACUGGGAAUAGGUCGGGAUUAAAUUUGUUGAUCUGGAGCUGUAAAUUUUGUACAUAAGUGAUGGCCUUCGAGAUAUUGGGCCAAUUAGAAGACAAAAAUGAAUCGUUGAUUUUCUAAUGGUAUUUUGUAUGAUUCCUCGUAACCAUGGUAACACUGUCUUGUCAAUUCUACCCCAAAUUUAGAUCAGGUCCCAAUCAUUUUACUUGUAGCACAACAGGUAGCUGAUCAAUUGUGACAGUCACAUUGUCACCUUCGAUAUCAUACAUCACCAUAGCAACUGUGUUUGGUAAAAUCAUACUUUUGAAAGGCACCCAGUUUAAUGAUUCCUAUACCUUCUGCACUAAAUUCAAAUUUCUUAGAAUAUUUAAGUUUAUUUUGUUAUGUAUUAAAGUAAGUUUUAUACAAAAUCAUUUUGUGAAUGUGUUUCAACAGAUCAUGUAUUAAUUUAUAAUAGCACUAAAUUCAAAUCUUAGAUCAGUAACAUGUGUUAGAUCAUGUAUUAAGGUGGCACUAAAAUCAAUCAUUCAGAUGAAUAUGUUUGAUAAUUAUAACUGUAUUGUGUGAUGAAAGGCACCAAUUUCAAACAUUUUAACUCAAGUUUGAUGUAAACAUGUUUGAUAAAUCAUGUGUUAAUAUCAUACCAACAUUUAUUGUUUUGCAACUUAACUUUGAACAAUUUUUUUUUUAUGUUUGAUUUAGGGGUAGGUAGUUUACAUGGAUAUUUAUUUUAAACUAAAAACAUUAUAACGAGAAAGAAAAGAUGAAACUUUUGUCGAUCAAAACAGAAAAAAAAAUCAAACUGAAGUUGUGGUUAACAUUUACGAGUAUGAUGACUUGAUUUAGAGUUGUGUAAUGGAUAAUAAAAUCUGUAACAGACAAUUUGAAAGCAAAUAAACUAUUUAUACAAUUGUGUGUCUGUGCAAGUUGCAGACAAAGUAUAUCGUUUUUAACAAUCAUAUUUUUUCAUGCUAUAUUCUUAUAUUAGAAUUAACAAAACCGUCCAUUUUUUGUUGCUAAAGCAACUCUUUAUUAUUUUACUUUUAACAGAUACCGUCCAUUUUUUAAUCACAAGUGUGAUUUUAAUGGCAUAUACAUUAAACUGUUUUUUACUCUGGGUUAUUGUUGGAUGCCGACAGGAGGCAAAAUGCUGGGAGGGUGAUCUCCCCUGGUUGUCGGGUAUUCGUGUUACAAGUGCUGUCAUCUUCAUGCAUUAGUAUAUCUGAUCAGUCCGAUCAGUAGGUGUUAACAUACAAUAAACUUUAUUAUUUAAACUGU